ACGCAAUACGAUUGGGGAAAAAAACGUAAGUGCAGCCAGCUAAAGCUAAAGUGGCCUUUUCUGGAAAAUUACUGGAGUGGACGCGAGUUGUCCGGUUUCUCUGGGUGUAAACUCGGGUUUCGGGGGUUUGAAAAAUGAUCCGGAGAUGGAGGGUGGAGCUGUAGGGCGAGCUGGAGGUGAUUAGAGACGGAAUAUGUUUAGAGAGAAGCUCCUAAAAUGAGCAGCGAUAAGUAAGUUUACUUCUUUAGUUUAGCUAGCUCGUGAUAGCUAGCUAACGGUGGAAGAGUUCUGUAGAAUAGUUGGUUCCGAUAAAGCUGAUCUGUAAAUGGAGUGGAUUCAUCGAGAUUUGUCAGAAAACCUUCAGAGUGAUGGUGGGAAACAUAGACCGGGAUCGGGGCUCGGUGUUGGACCGAAAUAUGGUUCCGGCGGUUCGGGUUCGGAUAAGAUUCCGGAGGACUGGUGCGACAGCGGCCUGGAUUCACUCAUCAGCACCGAGUUUAUCAGCAUCGACAGCCCCGACCCGGGCCAGAUCACCGCGGAACAGACUGAUCCUCCAGAUCCCUGGAGCUCAGUGCGCUGCGGUGUGACUUUGGACGGGACCGAGACCGAGAGGCUGGACUCCGCCAUCGGGGACUCGAUCAACGAAGAGACGGUGAGGAGCCUGUCUGAGCGCAUCGGUACCGUGAUCCUGAACGAACCGACCGUAACACUGACUCGCCAGCCCGGACCGGAAGUGCAGGAUCGUCGCAGAGAGGAGAUCUUCAACACGCUCAGCUUCAUAUCAGAGGACGGAGACACAGCACUGCACCUGGCUCUCAUCCACGAGCAGUGGCAAUUUUUUCAAUACCUGCUGAUGCUCAUCACCCACAACCCCACCUGGACAUCUUACCUGGACAUCCAGAAUGACCUGGGACAGUCGGCGCUGCACAUGGCGGUGAUUGUGGGCCGCAGUGAGUGUGUGUGUGCACUGCUGAGAGCCGGAGCGAGUGUGGAGCUGCAGGAGAGGAGAGGAAACACUGCACUGCACCUGGCCGUGUGUGAGCUGCAGGCCGAGUGUGUGAAGGAACUGACGAGCUCAAGACGCACCAUACCCCAACACCUCAACAUCUACAACUAUGCAGGAGUCAGCGCUCUGCACAUGGCUGUACAGAAGGGGAGGUGUGACAUCAUCAGGAUGCUGCUGGAGGCCGGAGCCGACGUGAACCAGAUGGAUCAGGGUUCGGGGCGCUCGCCGCUGCACUGGGCCGUGGAGUAUCAGAGCUGCUCGGCAGUGGAGAUGCUGCUGCGGUGCGGCGCCAGCGUGGAUCUGCGCGCUUACUCCGGACACACGCCGCUCUACUGCGCCCUCUACAGGCCUGACGUAGGACUGCGGGAGCUGCUCCGGUGCGCCGGGGCGGCUGAGCCUCAUGACGACGAUGAAGAGGAGGAUGAGGAUGAAGAGGAGGAGGAGGAGGAAGAGAGAGAGAGUGAUGAGGAGGAGUUUGAUGAUGUCAUCAUCAAUGGACAACGAGUGCUGUAGCUGUGGAGACACAUGCGACUGUGUGUGUGUGUGUGUGUGUGUGUGAAAUUAGCGGUACAGGUAUGACCUCGCUAUGCUGUACAGUUUAAUGCUUCUAUUUAGUUUUCGGAGCAGUAAAACGGCUGAAGCUCAGAGGCUCAGGACUGGCAGAGGAGCCGCUUCAGCGUUUCACUAACCCUGGGGAUUGUACUGUACACUUUAGACUGCAGAAAAACAGCAGCACCUCUUUCUGACACGCUUUUUAAAAAAUCUAUCACACAUCAGAGGCGUGUUUAUUUUUUUUAAAGCUCAAGACGAAGCAGUGGCAGCUCCUAGCUUCUCUCUCUCUCUCUCUCUCUCUGUGUCUCUGUCUCUCUCAGAUCUGUACAUUUCCUGGUCCUGCACUUCAGCUCAAUCACUCUGAGGUGGUGUGUGUUGUGGAUCUCGCAUGAGGAAGUGUACAGCAUCAUCUCCAUCAGCAUGCGCACCUCAAAAAGCAGAGUUUGGUUCAGGCACCGAAAAGAAAUCCGAAAAACCAAAAUUCAGAACAUUUAAUAUUAUUAUUAUUAUUUUUGACUAAUGAUUCAACUAAUUAAUUACCAUUGUCCUGUCGCGUAAAACAUUAAAGCGUUAAAUUAAACUACCAGUUACUUAAUAAAAACGUUGUUACUGAGAUUAGAAAACAAUUCAAAUGAUUUAGAAAUAAGUUUUGUAAAUAAUUUUUGUUUUAAUAGUAAAAUGAACUACUCUUUCCCACAUUAAAAAAAAUUAAUUCGAAUAUAUAUAAAUUAAUUCACUUAGGUUAUUAUUUAAUUUUUUUUUCUUUUUUUAAGAAGAAGAAAAUAUUUUUCAGCAUUUUUCCUGUUAAAAGCUACAAUGAUUGGAUGAAACAUUCGACUGGAUUUUGAUCUACUUGGCACCCAACAAUAAAUAAAGCAAAAAAAAAAAGUCAAAUGUAUUGAAUCGUUUUAAGUGGAUCUCAUGCUUUCGGGUUUUUUAGGUGGUGGGAAAAAAAAUUAAUAAUAAUUUUCUGAAAAAUGGUCAGGAAAGUUAAACAUCCAGCUGAAACUGCUUUAAUCUCUUUAUUCUCACUUCAGGCCACGCCUCCUGCCCGAGUCUGAGUCCGGCUUUGUGAUGCAGCUAUUUUAUUUUUAUUUUUUUAAACAGAUAACAGUGGUGUGUGUGUGUGUGUGUUUGUUGUAUAAUCUCUCCAGCGGUGUUAGCUUGGUAGCUGCAGUAAAAAAAAAACAGACACUACAUUUUGCCUGAGCUGUAAUGAGGAAUAAAUGAAAAAAUAAGCAACCAUUACACAGAUAUUUACGUGGGAUUUACUGUUUAGCUGAUGAGUUGAACGUUGCCGGUCCGGUUGUAGGUCCGGAGUCGAGGUGGCUCGUCUUAAAGUUGUGCGAUUACUACAGAACACGUAACAGCGUUUCUGCUUGAGCUUCACUCGUGUAUAGAUGAUGCCUUACAAUAAGUCAAACUAGAGAAUAUUCUAAGCAGUGGAAUUUAUAUAUGAUGAUAUUUAUAGUGUUUAUGUCGCUGCUUCGAUGGUUAGCACGUUUGAUUUCUAACCUAUUUUAAUGUAGCUGUGGGGUUUUUUUUUGUUUGUUUCUUUGUUUUCUGGGGGUGAAGAAAAUUAAAGGUAGCAAAAUGUUAAACUGGUGAAAGUUGGCAAUGAGAAAUUUUUUCAUCCAAACAAAAGUUUUCACAAAUUCACAAGAACAAAAACCGUGCACCAAUUUUCAGCAAACCCCUCCCAUGACCCCAACAAAACAAACUCCGCCUCCUGAAGAAAACUUUUGACCUUAAAUUUGUAAAUUCUGAAUUUCUGAAAUUGCUCUGCUUAUCACAUAAAUUGCAUACAAAGGAUGCAUUUCGAUUAAAAAGUAUAUAGCUUUUGGAUUUUGUGUGAACAAAAAGAAAAAAGACGAGAAGUUUUUGAUGAGAAAUGCUCUGUCACGUGGAAUUCUUAUAAAAAAAAAUUGUACGUCAAAAUUUUGGCAAAUGGCAAAACAAAACAUGAAAUUUUUCUUUUUUUCUUCUUUUUAAUCGAGGUUGGAGACGAUCUGCAGAAAUGAUCGCUAUUAAGAAUGAAAAAUCAGGAAAAGAGAGAUGUGUGUAAGAGUGAGGGAUAGAAUGGAGGAAGAAAUAUAUAUACGGACGGAAGCAGACAGGAACCUGGAAGUCGAUUUGUACUGAUACGAUGAAUGGAAAAAGCGCAGGAUAAACAGAUGAUUGGAUGACUGGUAUCGGAUGUUCUAAUAAUCUAUUGACGACCUCUGAACUCAACCCUGGAAUUGUUCUUUUUGCUUAUGAUUUAUUUGUUCAUGUGGUCUGCCUCAUAUGUUGGGUGAUGGUUGAAGAUUGUAAUGUUUUAAUUGAAAAUAAACAUGAUGAGGGGGGAAAAAAGAA